UUGUCCAUUUGUGCCGUUUAAGUGUUUGUGAAGCCGGGGCUGUGUGUGACUGUGUCUCCUGGCAGCUUGGACAGUGCAGAGUCGAAACUCUGAAGUGGCUCGUGUAGUGACAGGCAGUGCGCCGCUCUCUGACAGACGGCAGCCUCAGCGCUGCGCUGCGCUGCGCUGCGCUGCGGUCGCUGGUCGCCUUGAACCAGCGGAGGCAGACGGCAGCCUGUCUCCGCUGUAGCCGACCAUAGCGCACUGACACUGUGUCAUGUUGUAACGCUGUAAUAACGCUCGGGUCAGCGAACCACGCCGAGGGAAAUGAGCGUUUUUGAGGGGUGUAAAAGGCAGCCAGAGCCCGGGUUGUUGUAUGUGUGUGUCGGGUGGAGGUAGUUGUCGGUGUUAAGAGGGUGAGCGGAGCUUUAAUGAGCUCUGAUUUAACGACACUUUGUACGUUCAACUGUCAACUGCGCGCGGCGGCUCGCUCGCUCGCUCGCGCGCGCUGUCAGAGCAACUUUGCUGGCAGCAUGGCAGCCUCAGGUUCAGGGUAUUUUUACUCCGCGGUCGCUCCGGCGGUAAUUUGCUCUAAUGGAGCGCAAAAGGCUGCGCCGAACAAGCCCGUCUGUUACCGUAACAUUGUGGCGGAAACAUUAGUGUGUGUGUGUGUGUGUGUGUGUGUUUUCUUUCCACGGUAGAGGCUACAAGACACGUCGUCGCACCAAGUUGUGUCUUAUGUUUCCACUGUGACACCGCGCUGUGUGAUAGCUAGCCUGUCUAACUACACCAAGUUGGAAGGUUUGGCCGAGAUGCGCAGAGUUGGCUUCAGUGUUGCCUCAUUUCUGUCACGCACUGAGAGUUUCGGUUACAGUGUUUAUGCUCCGGAACAGUUACAAUUAAUGACCACGUUUAGGCCUAUUCAAUAAAAUGAAAAUAAAAUCAGAGAUAUAUUGAGGACCUACUUUUUGGGCUGACAAAAAUCUGUGCGCUGUCAAUUUUAUUAACACACUAUAAAGCAGAUUGGCGGAAGUUAUAUAGUUGUAGUAAUUAAAUGUUCUGAAUUGUGUUUACAUUACUGGUUGCUCGUCGGUCCUGAUAUUUAGGCUGCAUUCUCAACUGCUUCUAUUUUCGGACGGGUCCAGUUACAGACUUCAGUCUUGAUAUUGACUUUAAGAUUCUGUCAUAAAUCUGCAUGCGGGUUAUAAAGCCAAUCCUGCCGUGGGUUAAUUAAAUACUGGUGUUCAUUCACGUUAAGUUAUUGACCUACAAAUGCACUUAAAGUAAAGGGAAAACCGAGCGCUGCUGGGUCCCACAACAACCACACGCUGUCACAGGCUUUAUUACAGCAGAACCAGGCAAACUGUUACUGCUGCACCGGGUCGGUUAGGAGAGCCACUCCCUGCAGUUGAAAUUAAAAUUCAUAGUUUGGAUUUAAAUUUGUAUGACAAAAAAAUAAGUGUUUCUAAGUGUAAAAUACCAAACCAUUUCCCUUAUUUGAUCAGCAUGUUGACAGUGAAGAGCAUGAAACUCCGAGCCCGCCGGUCUGAAGGCACAGACACACACACUCAACUUUUCUCCGUUAGACUUAGAGCGAGCCGGGCUCAUCUUCAUGAUAAAACCGACAAGCGAUUUAAAAAUAAUGCUCAGGACAUUUAGUGGUGUUUACUACUUAAAUAUGUGCUAUUUGUAAUGACUCAGUCAGUGUUCAGUGGAGUCUCUGUUUGUAUUUCCGAAAAUGAAAUACAUAAAAUGAAGCCGAUAUUACAGAAUUCUCUCAUGGAUACUUUGGUCUGCUGGUUUAUAUGUGCCACACGUUUUCUUUCAUUUCUUACAUUAAGUUGUCAACCAGUGGUUCACAGACAGAGACAGUGAGGGGGAGAGAAAUGAAUCCAAGGGUAGAAAUUUAAAUGUCUAGACAGUGUUUAUUUAAUAAAUGGCGCCGCCUUCUGGAGGAAGGGCUGCAUCUGUUUCUCAGUCUGCCACAUUGAUGAAGACCUUAACUUGACAAAAUGGCUUGCGCAGCAGACAGCUGCAUACAAUUCACACGCCAUGCAAGUGAUGUCCUGCUCAACCUGAACCGGCUGCGUAGCAGAGAUAUUCUCACAGAUGUCACUAUCUUGGUUAACAGACAGCAGUUUCGGGCACACAAGACCGUUCUCAUGGCUUGCAGUGGGCUGUUUUACACCAUCUUUACUGACUCCCACAAGUGCAACCUUAAUGCUAUCAGUCUGGACCCAAAGGUGGACCCAGAGGGCUUUGCCAUCCUGCUAGAGUUUAUGUACACCUCCCGUCUGACACUAAAGGAGAGUCUGAUUAUGGCGAUCAUGAACACAGCCAUCUACCUGCAGAUGGACCAUGUUGUGGACACCUGCCACAGAUUCAUCAAAUCCAGUGAUCCGUCCGCCAAGCUGCCAAGAGACGAGUUUUUGGUCAGUCCCUUGGUUUUACCUCAGGAUGUCCAUGCUUACCGGCCCCAUGAUGUUGUUGACAGUUUGCACAGCCGCGUAGCUCCGUUCAGGGAUGGGAGGCCCUAUGGCUCAAACAUGUUCAGUGGGGUCAGCACCCCCAGCAACUACCAUCUCUACGGGCAGUUUCCCAUGCCAGGAUUCCCCUUCCCUCUCUGCAAGCUGACUGAUGCCAAAAACGCUUUUGCUGACCUCUCUAAGGGUGGCAUCCACCACAAGCACUGUUCUCCGCAUGACAGCGCCAACAUCAUCAGGGCAGAGUACACCAGGGCAGUGGGCACCAGCUCCUCCAGCAUUAUUCACUCCACCACCUACGCUUCCAGAGAGUUAGGGAGAGACGAUGAGAUGAGGAAGGAAAGCCACGAGGGGGUCAGCCAGUCUACUGCUCUCGGCACAAGGAAGCGUGCAUUUCCUGUGUUGACCCUCGAGCACCACAAGGACUCAGGCAAAGAUCACGCUCCUCAGGCAGAGGAAGACCUGAUCCAUCAGCACUACCCCCUCGGAAUCUCCUCCGCUGGACGCAAGAGCCUCAUGAGCAGCCCGCAGAGCCCUCUCAAAUCAGACUGCCAGCCCAACUCCCCAACAGAGUCCAGCAGCAGCAAGAACGCCGGCCUCUCCCAAGCCGUCGGAGUGCAAGCCCCGCAAGGUACGCAGGACCCCAAAGCUCGCAACUGGAAGAAGUACAAGUUCAUCGUACUGAAUCAGAGCGCCAAGGAAGAGGAGGUGGGGCUGCGGGAUCCCGGGCUUCGUUCCCCUCAGCGCCUUGGCCUGCAACCCUACCUCCACCCCAGCGACUCUGAAAACCUCGACCCACAAACCACAAUUAAGAACAACGAUCACAGUGAGGACCUGCCUGUGCCCCAGGCUAGUCGUCUCAACAACAUCAUUAACAGUGCACUUGAGGGGUCACUGAGGAACGGUGACAGCCAUCCUCCACACUACUUGAGCCGCUUGAACUGCUCAUCCUGCGGCACCCCGUCCCCACAGCACUCAGAAGUCUGUCCCAACACCUCCAGGUCCCGUCUAGCAGAGGACAUGGCAGAACUGCACUCAGAAUACUCAGACUCCAGUUGUGAAAACGGUACAUUCUUAUGUAAUGAAUGUGACUCCAAGUUUGCUGAAGAUGAAGCGCUGAAGCAACACAUGCUUCAAGUACACAGCGACAAGCCAUACAAGUGUGACCGCUGCCAGGCCGCUUUCCGCUACAAGGGCAACCUUGCCAGCCACAAGACUGUCCACACAGGAGAGAAGCCGUAUCGCUGUAAUAUCUGUGGUGCUCAGUUUAACAGACCAGCUAACCUCAAGACUCACACUCGCAUCCACUCAGGAGAGAAGCCAUACAAAUGUGAGACGUGUGGAGCUCGUUUUGUACAGGUUGCUCAUCUCCGUGCCCAUGUGUUGAUCCACACGGGUGAGAAGCCAUAUCCAUGUGAGAUCUGUGGAACACGCUUCCGUCACCUGCAGACGUUGAAGAGCCACCUGCGUAUACACACAGGAGAAAAGCCCUACCAUUGUGAGAAAUGCAACUUGCACUUCCGCCACAAGAGUCAGCUACGGUUGCAUCUUCGACAGAAGCACGGAGCCAUCACUAACACAAAGAUCCAAUACCGUAUGUCAACAGCAGACAUGCCUACUGACUUGACAAAGGCAUGUUGA